AUGGAUUUGGCUGCUGAGACUGGCAGAAGGAGAGCUGUUGUGCUGGCGGAACUCCGUGCCAGACAGGGCCCGUGGCUUGCAGCGAGAGGAACGCGCCAACCCGGCGGAUGGAUUCGGAAGGUUCCGCACUGCGGCUGGCGGGUGGCUAGCAGAAGCCCGGCGCAGUGGCAGGUGGUGGCAACACUGGAGGGGCACAGCGAUGCCGUGUGUGGGCUUGCUUGGUCCCCGGACCAGCGGAUCCUGACCGCCAGCGCCGACGGCACUGUGGGUGUCUGGGAGGCAGCGGAAGCUGCGGACGGGAAUUGGUCAGCGAUUGCGAACCAUGCGCCAGACAGCUGGUCCUUGAUGGCCGUGCUGGGCGCCAAGACCCAGGCGCCGGUGCGCGACGCCGCGUGGUCCGCGGCCGGGGAGGUCCUCGCGGGCAGCGCGGACGGCUCCGCGCGGGUGUGGAGACCUAGCGGCAAUGCCAGCCGAAUUCUGCGAGAGCCGCCGGAGCCCAAUGAGACAGUCAAUGGCACGGCGCCCAUCCCGCCGCCUCGAAUUCAGGGCCGGCUGAUGGAACACUGGACUCUGCACUCCUUGUUGCAGUCCCCAGACACAGUGCUGGCUGUGGAGUGGAGAAACGGAAGCGUCAUGGGUCGCGUGCUGGCUGGGGCGUAUGAGCGGACGGCGUGCUCGCAAGCGCCUUCCAGCAAGUGGAGUCCCUGCAGCGGGGGCGCAGCGAGAGGUUUAGACCAUUCAGCGGCCAUCUGGCACGCCAGCAAGGAGAUGCCCCAAAGGUGGGCGCUGGAGAGCACGCUGGAGGGCACUACGCACCUCAUGGUCUCGGUGAGGUGGUCACCAGAUGGGCAGCGACUUCUGACAGGCGGAAGCGAUGGGCGCGCCCGGAUUUGGCAGCUUGCGGACGUCGACUUCCAUGGCAGCGGAAGCCAGCGAUGGGAUGUGCUCACAGAAGAGCAGGUCCAUACGGAGGCAGUCCGCGCUGUGGCUUGGUCUCCGGAUGGAGAGCUAGUGCUGACGAGCGGACGGAAUGGCUACGCGUACAUUUGGCGGCCUUUCAACAGAUCGACUUGGUCCUUGGAGGGCUUUCUGACGCAGUUCAACGGCCAGAAGGUGCCGCCCAACCUGACCAACACAGCGGCGCACCUGCCGGAAGAAGAGGCACGCCUGGACACCUUGGACCCGCACUCCAACAUGGGCUGGAUAUCUGACUGGUCGCCCAUUUGGGUGGCUUCCUGGUCGCCCGACGGCCGCAGGAUCCUCACCGGGAGCAAGGACGGCUCGGCGCGCAUUUGGCUCCAGAACAUGUCCGUGCGAGGCAGCUGGUCUUUGGAGGCGACCCUGCAGGGCCAUUCCCAUGAGAUCUGGGCAGCAGCAUGGUCUCCAGACAGCUUGGCGCUCGUUACUGCUGACCAGGUCGGGAGAGCACGACUUUGGCGUGCUGGAGAUAAGGCAGCAGGAGCGAUGAUGGCCUGGUGA